AUGUCUCGACAUGGUCGCUCUCAGACCAACUGGACCCAUCACGUGGCACCAGCCCAGACAGCCUUCAUCCUCGUCUUGAUCAUAUUGCUAGUCUGCCUACUCACAAACGGACUGCUAACAAUCGCCCAGCCUGGCCAAAACCCCACGGUCGACCUGGGAUAUGCCACCUACGAAGGAGAGACCGUCGCCGGAGGCAUCAACCGGUUCCGCGGGAUGCGCUAUGCCGCUGCCCCCGUCGGUGAUCUAAGAUGGAGAGCGCCCGUCUCACCACCCACCUCGACAGACACCCAGUCGGCCCAGGACUUUGGUCCCAUCUGUCUGGGCACCUCGGCACCCUACCCUUCCACCACCGAGAGCGAGGAUUGCCUCUUCGUCAACGUGUGGGCCCCCUCAGGCGCCAACACGACUGCCAAGCUGCCCGUGUGGCUGUUCAUCCAGGGAGGCGGAUACGUGACCAACGCCAAUGCCAACUGGGACGGCGCUGAGGUGGUCAUGAAGUCGGGCAACCAGAUCGUCUUUGUCAACUUCAACUACCGCGUGGCGCUGUGGGGAUUCCUGGCGAGCGCGAGGGUGAGCGCCGACGGGGCCCUCAACGCGGGCUUGCUGGACCAGCGCUUCCUCAUGCAGUGGGUCAAGACCAACAUCGCCUCCUUUGGCGGCGACCCAGACAACAUCGUCAUCCACGGCGCCUCGGCCGGCGCAGGAUCUGUGGCCCUCCACCUCACAGCCUACGGAGGACGCGACGACGGCCUCUUCACUGCUGCCAUCGCCGAGUCUGUCUUCUUCCCUGCGCAGCCUUUUGUGCCGCAACUUGAGUACCAGUUCGACCGCCUCGUCAACUCCACAGGCUGCGCCGACGAGGCCGACGAUGACCAGCUGACAUGCCUCCGCGGUCUGAACACCACCACCCUUCAGGCCCAGAACAUCCCCUUCCCAUUCCCAGGACGCGAUGCUACCCCGGAGCCCCUUUUCUACUGGACCCCUUGUAUAGACGGCGACUUCAUCCGUGACCUCCCCUACGACAUGUUCGCCUCGGGCAACUUCGUCAACGUCCCCCUCUUAUUCGGCAACGACAACAACGAGGGCUCUGAGUUCGCCACCGACGCUGCCACGAGCGACGACAUGGUCAACUUUUUACAAAACAACUACCCCCUCCUCACCACCAACGACACCGACGCCAUCGUCAGCCUCUACCCCUUACAAGAACCCGCACCCGCCAUCGCCGGACACGCUGCCUGGUUCCCGUCCGCCAGCAUGGCAUACGGCGAAGCUACAUUUAUCUGUCCCGCCAUCACCAUCCUUGCCGCUUAUGCUGCUGCUGCUGCUGCUGCGUCUGCCUCGUCGUCCUCCACCACCAGCGACACCCAGCUCUGGAACUACCGCUACAACGUCCUUGACCAGACCAACGCAGCCGACGGCCUUGGCGUCCCCCAUCUCUGGGAAUCCUACGCCGUCUUCGGCCCCUCCAAUCUGGACGACGCCCCCGCCCCAACCAGCUACCUUACCUACGACGCCAACGCCGUCCCCCUCGUCAUGGACUAUUUCCUCUCCUUUGUGAGAACGCGCGAUCCCAAUACGCUACGGGCCGAGGGGAGUCCGGCAUGGGAUGCGUGGGUGUCAUCGUCUGAUGGCAAUGGGAGCAGGAUUGUGCUGGAGACAAAUACGACGCACAUGGAGGAUGUUACGCCGGAACAGCGGGCGCGGUGUGCGUUUUGGGAGGGGCUGACACCGCGGACGCAGCAGAAGAAGAGGAGCGUGGAGUUAUGGGAGGGGCAUCAUGUAUUUGGGCAUGAGAUAUGA